CCCCGGCCCCGCUCUGACAGAGCCGCAGCGCUGCGCCCCCUCCCCGCGCCGCUCCCGCCCGCGGACACGCACCCCCGGCUCUCCCAGCUAUAUCCUAGACAGGCUUCAGCUUCUUGCAGCUCCUGGUGCUUGCCACACUGCAGAAGGGAACAUUGCAGCUGCAGAGUGCUUCCAGGGUCCCUGGCUCUUGGAGAUUUGGGCUUUUGAGCAGAUUUCUUAGUGAAGAUGAAUUUAGCAGAGAUUUGUGAUAAUGCCAAAAAAGGAAGAGAAUAUGCACUCCUUGGGAAUUAUGACUCUUCUAUGGUGUAUUACCAGGGUGUCAUCCAGCAAAUCCAGAGACAUUGCCAGUCAAUCAGAGAUCCAGCAAUUAAGGGCAAAUGGCAACAGGUCCGACAAGAAUUAGUUGAAGAAUAUGAACAAGUUAAGAGCAUUGUCAACACUCUAGAGAGUUUUAAAAUGGACAGACCUCCAGAUAUCUCUGUAUCCUGUCAAGAUGAGCCUUUCAGAGAUCCAGCUGUUUGGCCUCCUCCUGUUCCAGCUGAACACAGGGCUCCACCUCAGAUAAAACGUCCCAACCGAGAUGGCAAAUCUUUGAAGAAAGACUCCCCAGGGCUGCAGCCGCGCGGGCCCGCGGGCAGAGCACACCUGGUGUCCAAGGGGGAGAAAUCCUCCGGCAGCCGCGAAAGGGAAUCCAGAGCCAGGGCAAGGGAUGACAAGGGAAAGAAAAUACCCCAGGAAUUUGGUGAUGGGGAUAUUCCAAAAUUUGAUGGAGCAGGUUACGACAAAGACCUGAUCGAAGCUCUUGAAAGAGACAUUGUGUCAAGGAAUCCAAGCAUUCAUUGGGAUGACAUAGCAGAUUUGGAAGAAGCCAAGAAAUUAUUAAGAGAAGCUGUUGUUCUUCCAAUGUGGAUGCCUGAUUUUUUCAAAGGGAUCAGAAGACCUUGGAAGGGUGUGCUGAUGGUUGGUCCUCCUGGCACUGGCAAAACAAUGCUAGCAAAAGCUGUUGCUACAGAGUGUGGGACAACAUUCUUCAACGUGUCCUCCUCUACACUGACAUCUAAGUACAGAGGCGAGUCUGAGAAGCUGGUCCGCCUCUUGUUUGAAAUGGCACGGUUUUAUGCGCCAACAACGAUCUUCAUUGACGAGAUAGAUUCCAUCUGCAGCCGCAGAGGCACGUCUGACGAGCACGAGGCCAGUCGCAGAGUCAAGUCAGAGCUGCUUGUGCAAAUGGAUGGGGUAGGUGGUGCUCUGGAAAACGAUGACCCUUCCAAGAUGGUUAUGGUAUUAUCUGCUACAAAUUUUCCCUGGGACAUUGACGAAGCUCUCCGACGAAGACUGGAGAAGAGGAUUUAUAUACCUUUGCCCACAGCAAAGGGCAGAGCAGAACUACUGAAGAUUAAUCUUCGGGAAGUAGAACUAGAUCCUGAUAUCAGCCUUGAAGAAAUUGCAGAGAAGAUUGAAGGCUAUUCUGGUGCUGACAUCACUAAUGUUUGCAGGGAUGCAUCUUUAAUGGCAAUGAGAAGACGUAUUAAUGGCUUAACUCCAGAAGAGAUUCGUGCACUUUCUAAAGAAGAGCUUCAGAUGCCAGUUACCAAGGGGGACUUUGAGCUGGCUCUGAAGAAAAUCUCCAAAUCUGUUUCUGCUGCAGACCUGGAGAAGUAUGAAAAAUGGAUGGCGGAGUUUGGAUCUGCUUAAUCUCAGUGACAGCUUUCCUUUGCUGGAGUUUUAUGGUUUUUGUUGUUCUCACUUUCAAAAUAAGUUAGAAAUCUUUUUAAAGGUUUAAUAAAAGGUCUGCCUCUGCCCUCAUCCCACCCCUUUCUGCUGACAGGAUCUUUUAAGCUGUUUGCCUUUAAAGGGAAUGAGCACAAUAAUGAGCUGAUAUUGUAAAAGAUAUUUUAUCUCUGAAGUAGAAAAAUAAGACGAACAGGAAGGGAAAAAUCAUACUUCUGAGGGUAGUCUUUUUAAUUUUCAAAUGAAGAGCAGUGUUACUUAACUCCCUCCUAGUCAUUUUUUUUAUGGCUGGAGUCAAUAAAUCAGCUGGGGGAUGUGACUCCAGAGGAACAGACAAGGGCUUGAUGUACCCCCUGCUCUUAAAUGCUGCUUCUGCCUCCCUUGAAUGUGGCAUCCAAGUUAUUAUUCUUUCUCUCUGUGCUCGGGUAUUCAGAGCAAAGCCUGUGGAUUAAUUGGCAUUGCACAGAGGAAAUGAGGAUCAGUUUUCCAUCAAGACAUGGGCCUGACUCUCCUCUCAUGUACUCUCAUUUGGAAUUGAUGUCACUUCAGACUGUUAUCAGUGUUACUUGCAAUGACUUCUGAUGGGAAUGAGAGGGAAAGCAAAAGGCAUGGAUUGUUGUUAGUCUGGUUUAUGCUUGUUCUCUGAACAUAGUUUGAACCUGUUUGACCAGUAGGCACUUUGACUUAGGUUAUAACUUGCACUUUUAUGCUUAUAUAUCAUCUUGUGCUUUGUCUGUGCUAUCUAAAUGUAAUUGUUAUUACUAUUAUUAUUAUUAUUAUUAUUAUUUUAGUACUAAGAGUUUAAUAAAGACACUAAUUUCAAGGCUGUAUUUAAAACACAA